AUGCCGGUCCGACGGGGACACGUGGCGCCGCAGAAUACUUUCCUCGAUACCAUCAUCAGGAAAUUCGAGAGUCACAGUCGUAAAUUCGUCAUCGCCAAUGCCCGUGCAGAGAACUGUGGCAUCAUCUUCUGUAAUGACGGCUUCUGCCGCAUGUGCGGCUACUCGCGGGCGGAGAUUAUGCAGAAGCCGUGCACCUGCGACUUCCUGUACGGGCCGCACACCACGCGGCUGGCCAUCGCCCAGAUGGCGCAGGCACUGCUGGGCUCUGAGGAGAGGAAGGUGGAGAUUGCGCUCUACCGCAAGGACGGAGGGUGUUUCCUGUGCCUGGUGGACGUGGUGCCCGUGAAGAAUGAAGAUGGGGUCGUGAUUAUGUUCAUCCUCAACUUUGAGGUCAUGGACGACAAGCAGAACCCCAAUCUGGACCACAACCACAAGCUACCCGUACCCUGGCGUUCAACUAGUCGGCCGCGUGGUAUCCGGCUGCGUCUGCCCGUGCUGCGUUCUCUCAGUAACAGUAAGCAGUCUCUCCAGGAAGACCCAGAGUCCGGUCACGGCCCCCGCCACCCCCCAAGCACCCCGCCCCGGCGCCGCACCAGCCGCGAAUCUGUGGCUUUGGGUGAACUCCUACCCGUCCCGGAGAGGUCGCGACCUUCACCGUCCCUGUGGCCCGAGGACCAGCGGACGCUGCUGAGCAGAGACUCAGCCUCCACGCCACCCCCGCAGGACCAGUCGUCACCACGGCAACAACAGCACCAGCUUAACCUGGACGCGUCCACGUCCAACUGCAGCCUGACGAACAGCCGCUCGCGCGAGAGCUUCUACAGCAUGCGGCGCGCAUCCUCUGUCGACGACAUCGAGGCCAUGCGGCCUGAAUGGGACAGGAAGUACCGCACCCGUGCAGGCAGCAGCAGCACAGGUGCGGUCAACAACAAGUCCAACAUUCUGAACUCUACCUCGGACUCUGACCUCAUGCGCUACCGCACCAUCAGCAAGAUCCCGCAGAUCACGCUCAACUUCGUGGACUUCAAGGCCGACCCCCUCGGUGCUCUGCCCUCGGGGGAGAUGGACAUCAUCGCGCCCUGCAAGCUCAUCGACCGCACACACAACGUCACAGACAAGGUCACACAGGUAAGGUGAUGCUCUAUACUCCUUCCCAGCUGGGCUUGGCCUUUCUUGUCUCCACGUGUUUCUUUUAGGGAAUACUCUAACCUGUCUGUGGCAGUGUGCCGCAGGAUUUGUGGGGGGAAACAAAAACAGAUUUAGGCUCACGAGUUAUGUCCCAUUUUGGCUUCAAGUGGAUGGCAGCCGCCUGACUGCUUAUUAGAUAGAGGGAUAUUAUUAGACACGCAUUUGUUGCAAUAAUGUUUUUGUGUUGAAUAAAACUACUUGUGUCCAUAUAUGACCUGAAAUCA